AUGUACAUCAACUCGCCGGGCGGAGAGGUCAGCUCCGGGUUAGCCAUCUACGACACCAUGUCAUAUAUCAAAUCUCCCGUAUCGACGGUCUGCGUCGGUGCAGCUGCCUCAAUGGCUGCUAUUCUCCUCAUCGGAGGCGAGAAGGGCAAGAGGUAUUCGCUACCACACAGUUCGGUCAUGAUACACCAGCCGCUGGGCGGCACGAAGGGACAGGCGUCGGACAUAUUAAUCUAUGCAAAUCAAAUACAGAGGAUACGGGGCCAAGUGAACGACAUUGUGCGCCGGCACCUAAACGAAUCGUUCGGCUAUGAGAAAUACGACCUACAGGCGGUCAACGACAUGAUGGAACGCGACAAGUAUCUGACCGCCCCGGAAGCGAAGGAAGCUGGCAUUAUCGAUGAGAUCCUACUUAAGCGACCUACUUCCGACGAUAAAUCCACUAAUGGGGAUGCCAAAAGUCUCAAGCCAUGA